AUGGAUAUCACCCCAAUGGUGGCAUCCGCCGGGCUGCUCCAGACCAGCUUGAUCUGGGUUGCCUACGCCGUCGCCGUUGCUCUCGUCUUCUUCGUCGCCGUCAUCACCGUCUUCACCUGGCAGACCCCCUACGAUCGCUCCAAGCUUGUCACGACCGUUGCCAUUGUCAGUCUCACAGCUCUUCUAGCUACAGUCUUUCUCCUUCCCGUCGAUAUCGCCCUCGUCUCCUCCACCGCGUCCGCAUCGAGGGGCACCAAGAAAGACUGGGCGACACCCGAACGCAUCCAUGGCAUCCUCAAGACGCUCAAGAUUGUCUACUACUCCCUGUACAGCUUCGAUGCGCUUCUCUGCCUCGUCGUAAUCCCGUUCGCAUACUUCUGGUACGAAGAGCAUGACGAGGUCUUGGAGGAGGAGGGAAGAGAGACUUGGAGCACCCGCUUCUGGCAAGCCUUAAAAUAUACCAUUGCCUUCAUCAUUCUCGUCAUCAUCCUGUUCCUCGUAGGCUUUUUCGUCCCUACUGCAGCCCAAGACCAUGGCCGACAUCUUGAUCUCGACUACUUCAAGCGUCUGUUGACCAACAACAAUGGUGAAAAGGCUCUCAGCUUUGGCCUCGGACUGCUCAUGACACUGGGAGUCCUCCUUUACGUGCUCUACACCGGAACCGGUCUCGCCCUCCUUCCAGUCUCCCUUAUCAAGAGUGCCCCGGCCAUUUCGGCCCCUGAACUUUCCGCCAUGACUGCUGCCGAGCUCGAGCACAACCGCGAGCUGCAGCGUCAGAUCGAGAUGCGCAACGCUGGUCGUAUCGUCGCCAUGUCUCAGAAGGACAGGCGCGAGCUCGACCUUUUACUCCGUGAGGAACGCACUCUCGUACGCCGCCAACGUCUAGCAGCCGAAGCAAGCGGCGAGGGACAAUCCACCAUCAUGCGCAUCUGGACCAAGACCCAGGCUGUUUUCCGUCCGCUCAAGCUCUUUGGCGGUAUCCUCCUGCUUUGCCUCUCAGUCAUCCUCUGGAUCUCGAUGCUCAUCACCGCCAUCGACAAGGCCGCCAACUCCGUCUGCAAAUCUCACUGUGGCUACAUUCUCGGGCAUAUCAACGUAUUCCAGCCCGUUAACUGGGUCUUUGUCAAGGCCGCCAAGGCGUUCCCCAUCGACUACAUUCUCAUGGCUUUCCUGAUCCUUUUCCUCUUUAGCAGCUCCAUUACCGGCAUUGCGUCCGUGGGCAUCCGUUUCCUCUGGGUCAGGAUUUUCCAACUCAAAAAGGGCCGUACCGCCCCUCAAGCCCUGCUCAUCGCAACUGUCAUGCAGGCCCUCAUCAUCCUAGCCAUCAACUAUGCCGUCGUCAACCUUCUCGCCCCUCAAUACGCCAUGUACGGCACGCAGACUUUUUGUCAAGCUCUUUCUCUGGACCCCGGUGCUCCUCCAGACUGCAGAAACCAUAGGGACAUGAUUCGCCCAUGCUCCGAGUCUCUUACCGACCCCUUGGCCAAGGACGUAUGCACGCCCACCGUCAUGUCCACCUUCUUGAACCGCAUUGUGCUCAACUGGCCCGUGUUUGGCGCCAUCGACUUUUGGGCCCAGUUUGCCUUCUUGACUGUGUUCUUGUUGGUAUUCGUUACCAGCUUGAUCAGGACUCCCAGAUUGAAUCUUACGGAGAUUGACGAGGAGGCACAGGCGGACGAAGAGGAGGGAUUGCUGGCGAGCACCUCCAGGAGGUUCGGCGCUACUUGGCAGGAUAUCACGGGCAGAGCCAAGAGAACUGUUGGUGGACAUCCCAAUGGCCAAGGAUAUGGAACUAGUGGGACAAACGGAACGACUAGUUCUCGUUAG